AUGGCUUCAGGCACAGCUCUCCAGCCAUUGAGGAAGGACAUCACCUGCUCCAUCUGCCUUAAGCUGAUGACAGAGCCCGUGAAUAUAGACUGUGGACACAGCUAUUGCCGUUCUUGCAUCCUGAGGAUUCUUGAGAACCCAUCACUGGAGUCAGCACACUCAGGGAUCUUCCACUGCCCUGUAUGUAAGGCAGAGUUUCAACAGAAGAGCAUCUGACCCAUGAAACAGCUAGAAAACCUGAUCAACACUAUCAAAGAGGAGCAUGGAGAGCAGCUCCACCUGUUCUGUGAGGACGACGACCAGCUCAUCUGCUGGCGCUGUGAGCAGUCACCACAGCACAAAGGACACAUCACAGUUCUUGUUGAAGACGCAGGGGAAGAGUUUAAAAAGGUAAAAGAGGAUGUUCUGCAAAGAUUGCAGGACAGUGAAGCCAAACUGGAAAAGCAGAGCCAGAAACUCAGUAACCACAUCCUGGAACUCGAGAGAAAAUGUCAGGGCCCAGCCCAGGAUUUACUGCAGGCUCUGUGUAACCUGAAGAGACACCUGGUGUCAAACUGUCUCCUGAAAUAUGUUCCGAUUUCUGCUCUAAAGCUACAUGAACCAGAGAAUGUCUCCUUGGAUGUUGACAUCAUGCACAAUUUUCCUGGGUGUUUCUCUAAACUGAGAGAAACAUUGGAGACCUAUAAAGGAAGCCAUUUCUUUUAUGUGUUUGUAAUAAAUGGGCCUGAAUGGGAUGUGGAAGUUUGUCUGGAAAAUGUGCCAAGGGACAAUGACACACAAGAGCCUGCGUCUGGAUUCUGGGCCAUUAGAUGUUGCAAAGAGAGUCGCUAUGAAGCCCUUACAUCGCCCCCAACUCCCCUUGACAUUGAAAAGAAGAUUGAAUUUCUGAGGGUUUUCCUAAACUAUGAGUAUGGAUUGGUAUCAUUUUAUGCCUUUGCACAUGACUCCCACCUCUUUACCUUCCCUAAGGCCUCCUUUUCUGGGCCUCUGAGAGCUUAUUUUAGUGUUGGUGAAGGUUUGUUUGUGAUCCUCUGA